AGCUUUAGAUGGUAAUUCGCCAGACCGGUCAAAACUUGGAGAGCGCGCUUACAUUUCGUGUUGUUGCUUUUGCUAAAGCUUAUCAGAAGAGUAGUAUUUGUGCGGCGAUUAUUAACGUGAGCUCGUGCAGUUAUUUUACCGUCGCUGAUACCGUCGCCUUUGAUAUGUCGAAUCAGGCUAUUUACAUAAAAAUAAGCUUCGCAACAAAGAUAAUGUCUCUAAUAAACACUCGUUCAAUAUUAAGUAUUUUGUGUUUACCAGUUAAAAAUUAGUUAUAUUAUAAAAAUGCCGUUUAUCAUGAUAUGAUAUUGAAUAUUUAAAAACACAUUUAAUACUGGCACAGACGUUUAAUUCAUUAAUAACGCAAGACUUCCAGUAUUCAAAUAAUGCCUAGGCCUUCACGUGAAUCCUACGGUGAUCAGAAGCCUCCAUAUUCAUAUAUAUCGCUGACAGCAAUGGCUAUUUGGAGCUCAACAGAAAAAAUGUUACCAUUAAGCGAUAUAUAUAAAUUUAUAACCGACAGGUUUCCAUACUAUCGAAAAAAUACCCAACGAUGGCAGAACUCACUAAGACACAAUUUAAGUUUCAACGAUUGUUUCAUUAAAGUACCGCGACGCCCAGACAGACCCGGAAAGGGGGCCUAUUGGGCUCUUCACCCACAAGCCUUUGACAUGUUUGAGAAUGGAAGUUUGUUACGACGAAGAAAGCGAUUUAAGUUACAUAAGAAUGAUAAAAAUUUACUCAAUGAAGAGUUGACAGCACUAGCGAACAUUAAUCGGUUUUUCUUCACUGCCCGAUCUGGGAGUACCAUUUCCCAAAUGCCCACGCUGGACCUAAGCAAUACAACUAUGAAUGUGGAGUCUUCCGUUGUUUUAUCACACUCUUCAAAUCGUUUAUCACCAGCUAUGGCACAACAUUGCCCUUUACCGCAUGGACAUAUUGCAACAUUAUCACAAUCUAGGCACACUCCUUUAAAUAACGGCGAAACUACUCAUUCGACCGAAAUAACCAUGAGCAAUCAGCGCUCGCCGACAAAUUUCGAACUUGAAGGCAUCAAUAGUUAUCGACCAAAACGAUUAUUCACAAUAGAAAGCCUUAUUACUCCUGAUAAGCCUGAGCAACUCUCAGAGGAUGAAGAUGUUGACGAUGAUCGCACUGAUAUCGAUGUUGUAGAAUGCGGAAACUCUUACACUAAAAUAACUGAUUAUCCACGAAAAUCUGAUGAAUGUCUGCCAAUUGCUAUGCCUACUCGUUAUGAGGAUCAACGCCAACGCCCACUACCUCCACUACAUACAAUAACAGCUUCUGCUCAUCUACCAUUUCUUCAUUAUGCCGCUGGUGUCAACGUAUCUGGUCUAAGUUCUAAUAGCAUACAGUCUUCAGGAAUUCCCACAAUGACGUAUGAUUUAGCUCUGGCCCAUCCGCUUUUAAUGAUGUCAGCACCAAUUGGAAAUAUAAACAGCAGUUAUUGUAACAAUUUUUCAAUUAUACCACCGCCACAAGCAUACCGAGGUCCGGAAGCUCAAAAUAGAGUAAGCUCUGGUAUGCGAACGAUAUAAAAAUUAUUCCUUAGAAUGAUUCCUAUUCCUAGUGAAAAAAUAAAAAAAUCUAUCCAAUGCUGUUAAUGUAUAUACAAUUAGUUCCUUUUGAAAUAAGGGUUAUGAAUUAAAG